CGAACACCAGCCUCCCUCAUUAUAAUUCCCACCGCCACAGAAGUAGUCCUGCCCUUUCUCCACCAUUCCCCAUUACUCUCUCUCUCUCUCUCUCUCUCUCUCUGUGUUUCUCAGACAGUUUCUUUUUGGCAAGAAUGUCGAGCAAGAAGGGCAGGGUGACCGUCCACUCAAAGCUAACCGUAGUAUCCAGCAAACCAAUCAGGCCGGGCACGACCCAUCAGUUAUCUACGCUGGAUCAUGCCAUGGGGCUCCACACCCUCCACAUUGUCUUCUACUACAAGGACAACCUGUUCGAGUCCUUUGACUUGGACCCGAUAAGGGAGUCCCUGUCCAAUGUUAUCUCUCUGUACCCGCCGGUUACUGGUCGGUUGACCCGAGGGGAUACCGGUAAUUGGGAAGUAAAGUGCAAUGACGCUGGAGUUCGGGUCAGGCGUGCCACGGUGGGGGCCACCCUUGACGAGUGGCUGAGAUCUGCUGACGGGUCGGAGGAGACGGAUCUAACGAUGUGGGAGGACAUGCCCCACGAUCCUCAUAUGUGGUCACCUUUCCAAAUCCAGAUAAAUGAGUUUGAAGGAGGUGGUGUGGCAAUUGGACUAAGUUGCUCACAUAUGCAUGCAGACACAACCAGUGCAACCCUACUAUUCAAAUCAUGGGCCGAGGCCCAUCUAAGAAAACCCCUCGAGCACCCACCUUUCUUCAACCCACAAGCACUCCGUGGCCGACCAAAUCCAAACACACAUGCAAAAUCAAUUAAAUCUCAUUCAACCAUGUCCAAACCACGUCUUUCCUCCACAGCCACUUUUAAAUUUUCCAAUUCAGUGAUCCAGCGAUGCCUCACUGAAGUCCAUGAAGAUUGCCCUAAUGCCACUCCUUUUGAUUUGCUAGCCGCACUCUUUUGGACACGUGUCGCACGUUUGAAGGGCCUUAAAAAUGAUUCCGAACAGUACUCCCUCUCAAUUUGUAUGGACUUCAGGAGGCAGUUGCAAGCUCCAGCACUCCCAUUUGGGUAUUUCGGCAAUGCAUUGCAUUUUUCAGAACUGUCGUUGAAGGGAGGAGAGAUUGGCCAGGCUACGUUAGGACACGUGGUGCAAUCGGUGCACAGCCACGUGUUGGGCAUUGAGCCGGAGGAGUUUUGGACAGUUAUAGAUUGGUUUGAAGCACGCAAGGGAGAGGGGGGAGAGUUUGCACCACCCUUUAGGAUGUAUGGCCCUGAACUCACAUGUAUUAGCUUGGAGCACAUGGUUGUUACUAGCGGGGUGGCCGGGAGCCCCACAACGUCAUCUUUGAUAUAUGCGGUGACGUUCGACAAGGACAUUAAGCCGGUUCACGUGUCGUAUCACGUGGGGAAUGUGGAGGGAGAAGGGUUGAUUGUGAUAAUGCCUUCAAGUGAAGAAGGGAUUUCAAGGACUGUUAUGGUGACUUUGCCUGAGAAGGAGUUGGCAGAGCUAUGUGAGGACCAAGCUAUCCUGCGCCUGGAGCCAACAAUGCUUUUGAGUGGGAAAACUUAGUUCAUUUGUCUUUCGUUCUAGUGUUCACUAUUCAAAAUUAAGGAUGUGUAAGAAAUUUUCCAAUUAAGUGUGGCCCAUGUAUACGCCACAUGAUAUUUAGUGUGGUUUAAUCAAUCAUAAAUUUAAGGUGUUGAGUA